AAGUUUGAUGGGUGGGAUGAUCAAAUAUAGAUCAAAGAAACAUGAAAUUUUUAUUGUUAUUUAAAUUCAUUCAUAAACCUAGACGCAACAUACCUUCAUUUUUCUCCAGACAAACUGCAUCUCCAAUUAAUUACACCCCAUUCGCAUACCAGAUUAAUUAGUGCAUGCUAUAGAGAAAACCUGGUACAGACAGUUCCUUUCCCUUAGAAGGAACAUAAUCAUGGAUCCCAACUUACUAAAUAAUUAUCACCAAUUCCUGCUACUUAAGGCGUCUUGCCCAGAUAUAACAGCUGGUUACUUAUCAUCCUUGUGGGAUCUAAUAUACCAGUCACAUCAGCAGAACCAGUACAGCAAACCUAUGCCAUGGAUUGGGAUGUAUAUCGCAUUAGCAUCUCUGUUUUGUAUCCUUGCAAUGGUGGCUGAUCUAUUACAUGGCCUGAGGAACAGAAAGCUCUGGUUUCCAUGUAAAUAUUUCACUCUGAAUGCAGCUUCUCUCACUGUGAUAGCUGUUGCAAUAAAGCUACCCAUGGAUCUAACUAAUCUAACGCCAGGAUAUAUCGACCAGGGUGCAAAGCUUGGAAGCACGAGCUUUAUGUGCACCAUGAUGGCUAAUUUAUUGCCAUCUCUAGCAACCAUGGACAGCAAGGAACUUUUCUCAAACAUGAUAGCUUUAGGUAUUCUGGUAAUCACCUUGGUUGUCAAUGUUUGCAUUCAAGUAUACACGGGAGUUCUCUUCUAUUCUGUAGAUGAUGCCAAGCUCCUUGACAGUGAAAUACCGUUUAUUUUAAGAGUUAUUGUUGUGGCCAUCUUUGUGGUUCCGAUGCUCAUGUUGCUGAUAAUAUAUGCAUGUUCAUCUUUAGCAAUUCUCAAGUCCAAAGAGAUUCUAGAAUCCAAAUACGAAGCAGCUCAUGAAACAAAUUUAAAGAAUCAAGAGUUGCAGCAACCAGGAAGAUUAUUAACUGUUGAGAAGCUAAAGCAACAUGUGAGCAACUACUGGAUCAUGGCAGGAACUGGAAGCCCCCAGUUCAUGAUCGCUUGCUCAACUACAACCUCUGCUUCAGGGGUAAUAUGUGUUUUAAGCAAUGGCAUAAUUAUAUAUCUCUUGAGUUCCCUUUUUCAAAACCUAGGAGACCACAAUUCAGAUUAUAAGUGGUCAAUGUUGGUGAUUUUUACAAUACAAUCUAUCGGAACCAUAUUGGGUACAAUUGCCCCACUUGCCAGGUGUUUUGCAGCCUUAAGCUUUAAGUUCUCAGUAAAAUGGAUAUGGAAGCAAGUUAAAAUCUGUAAUGUAGAGAGCUACUGGACUCUGAAGUUACAUGAUUGGAAACAUAGUAGUGUACCAUUCCCAUCCAGUGGCCGCAAUUGCAAGGUUGUCAUCCAGUUUUUGAAAAUCCUAAGUCUCAGCAUUUGUAUAGGAUUCCAGAAGACAGUCGUGGUAGCAUGCAAGAUCAUAGCAGUGAUUCCAAUUCUGAUAGCCGUGAUUCCAAUUUUCUUUGUGAUAUGUUUCGUGUAUUGUUUCCGUUGUUUGAAGUGGUUAAAGGCCAUGUUUAGGGCCACAAGCACUGUGUUGGGACAAAAUCCUGUGCAUCUAGGGAAAGAUAAAGAUCUAAGACAGUAUGUUUUGCAACUUCAAGAUGACAUUGAGUUUGCUGAUAGAACACUGAAAGGCAUGUUAAAAUCUGUGAAUCGCUUGAUCCAAAAAGCUGAACAACAACCACCCAAGAACCUUAUGAAGCUUCUAGUGGAAUCUAGAGGUUUUGAAGGAGUUGAAAAGAUUGACAGCCAUCUUGUCUCGCCUUUACUUUCAGAAGAAUAUCUCAACUGUUGGAGUUUGCCAUUGGUAACUCUGACAUCCAUCGUCAUGUCUCUUCCGAACAUCCAAAAGAACAAAGUUGAUUGCUUGGUGAGUGGUGUGAGUGAAGGUCUUGUAUAUGUCAAAUUUGUGGAAGAAUGCCUGAAUGCUACUGAUAAUCAUGUAAGAAUUCAAAAGGCAGCUAAAACUUUGUGGGUAGAAGUUGAAGUAUACCACAAAUGGUUAGGACACAAGCUGCCAAAACCUAAGCCUAGAGUAAAUACACCUGGGCAUAUUCUUCAAUGGUUAAGGAAUACAGCCAAGAACAUGGUCAUCAAGGUAGAAAGUAUGGAUAUCCAAGGCCGAAAGGAUAAUUCAAAAUACAGUUCUAUUUGUGCCAAUUCAAUGUAUCGUAUCACUGAAACAAUCUUGCUCUCCUACCAUGAGAACAUUGAAGAGGUUAGCCAAGAGGAACUAUUUGCAGAGUUAUCAUCAAUGAUCGCAGAUAUAUUAGCUGCUUGUCUCACCAACUUACCCCAAGUCAUUAUAAGGAAAUGCCACACAAGUGCCAUAGAGAAAAGGGAGGCGAGUGUCCAAGCUGCUGCCCAACUUCUUGGUGAGACUACACAGAUAAUCAACAGCCUUCAAGAUCGUCAACUUCCAAGCUUGAAUCCAAAGGACUUGGCUUUUAUUGAUAAAUGGCAUUCUUACUUAAAGCACCCUUUUCCUUGACAAGCAUUUAUGUUCUGCAAGUAACCAGACGUCCAGACAAGUUCAUAAAGAUUUGUCAUAAAUUUUAGUACUUAAUAUGUAGAUUUUGUCCAUGUUUAUUUGCUUUCCUAUGUUAGUUUAUGAGCCUCCUUUCAUACUUGUUUUGAGUCUGUGUUUGUCAUGGGGUUUCAAAGUCAUUGGGACCCUUGCUCAAACAAAUUUUAAAUCUGGUGUUAUAAAAUGUUAAUAACUUAUUGCACAUAAAAUUAAAUUCAUAUAAGUUUUUCUAA